CCUCUUUCCUCCUCUGCUCUAUGACACUGAAGGGCAGGAGCAGGUGUUGGAUGCUUGCUCCCAACUGUCCUCCCACAUUACAGCUCAAAGUGAUACGGCGGCAGGAGGAGCAGAGAGAGAGAACAGAAACGAAGCUUUUCUAACUGCUGCUCACCAAGACGGGAAGCGCAAAUCAGUCAGAACAUUAUGCGUGAGUGCAUCUCUGUUCAUGUUGGACAAGCUGGAGUUCAGAUUGGCAAUGCAUGCUGGGAGCUUUUUUGCCUAGAACACGGCAUCCAGCCAGAUGGUACUUUCCAGAAUCAUCCCAACAAGUUUCACGAUGAUGACUCCUUUACCACGUUCUUCAGCGAAACACGCACAGGAAAGCAUGUGCCACGGGCUGUUAUGGUGGACCUAGAACCCACUGUAGUAGAUGAAGUGCGGGCUGGGACAUACCGCCAGCUUUUCCACCCAGAACAGCUGAUUGCGGGCAAGGAAGAUGCAGCUAAUAACUACGCCCGUGGACACUACACCAUUGGCAAGGAGAGCAUUGACAUGGUACUGGAUCGUAUUCGCAAGUUGACUGAUUCCUGCUCUGGGCUACAAGGAUUCCUGAUUUUCCACAGCUUUGGUGGAGGCACCGGCUCUGGCUUCACCUCCUUACUGAUGGAACGCCUGUCCGUGGACUAUGGAAAGAAGUCCAAACUGGAGUUUGCCAUCUAUCCAGCCCCCCAGGUGUCCACGGCAGUGGUGGAGCCCUACAACUCUAUCCUGACCACUCACACCACCUUGGAGCAUUCUGACUGCGCCUUCAUGGUGGACAACGAGGCCAUCUAUGACAUCUGCCGGCGGAACUUGGACAUCGAGCGUCCCACCUACACCAACCUGAACCGCCUCAUCAGCCAGAUCGUCUCUUCCAUCACUGCUUCCCUGCGUUUCGACGGUGCCCUCAACGUGGACCUGACUGAAUUCCAGACCAACCUGGUGCCCUACCCACGCAUCCACUUCCCCCUGGUGACCUACGCACCCAUCAUCUCCUCCGAGAGGGCCUACCACGAGCAGCUCUCCGUGGCCGAGAUCACCAGCUCCUGCUUUGAGCCCAACAACCAGAUGGUGAAAUGUGACCCCCGCCAUGGCAAGUACAUGGCCUGCUGCAUGCUAUACCGUGGAGAUGUGGUGCCCAAAGAUGUCAACGUAGCGAUUGCCGCCAUCAAGACUAAGAGAACAAUCCAGUUUGUGGAUUGGUGUCCAACAGGAUUCAAGGUUGGCAUCAAUUACCAGCCUCCCACCAUAGUGCCUGGGGGAGACCUUGCUCAAGUGCAGCGUGCCGUGUGCAUGCUCAGCAACACCACCGCCAUCGCCGAAGCCUGGGCAAGGCUGGACCACAAGUUUGACCUGAUGUACGCCAAGCGAGCUUUUGUGCACUGGUACGUUGGUGAAGGCAUGGAGGAAGGAGAGUUUUCAGAGGCCCGGGAAGAUUUAGCUGCUCUGGAGAAAGACUACGAGGAGGUCGGAACGGACUCCUUUGAAGAAGGAAAUGAUUGCGAAGAAUUUUAAAAAAAAUGCAGGUUGCCCCAGACUGUGCCUGAAGACCUCUUGGCAGCUCUUCUUUGCAUCAAGGGAUGAAGUUCACCAAACCCUUUGCUGUGCAGCUUCUGUUCAUUUCACAAGCGCAUGGAAGAGGAACAAACAGGAGAUGCACAGCAGAAAUGUCUGGUGGAUUCACCCCAUGGUCACUCCUGCAGCAAUAUGUAAAAAAAAAAUAGACCAUCAACCUGAGAAGCAAUUGCCAGUGACUUCCUUAUUUUCGCCCCAUAUUACAAGAAAAUUCAUCCUGCCGCUUCCCUACACAGACAUUAGGGCCAGUAUGUUCUAAAGCAGGUGUGGGUAGAAGGCAGAUUGAAGUCUACCAGCAGAUCUCUGGAUGAUUUUUAAGAGAUCAGCAAGGAUUUUCGACUCCCAAUUUUUAAACAAUAGCAACAACAAAAUUACCCACCCCCAAAUCAUUCUAAUGAAAUGAAGAAAGCCUAGAAUAGGGGUGGAGCGGGGUGUGACAAUGC